UUCUUUUUUUAGAGGGAGACGUAUCUUAAAUAUUCUAAAUUCUCUGAUUGCAUCCUAUUAUUUCGGAUAAGCAAUUUUUUUUAUACGUCAACAUGUCAGGACAAUAUCCAAGCGGCUACAAUAGUCCGCUCGGUGGACAUCGUGGUCAAUUUAAUCCACAGCAGCAACAGCAACAAUCUCCACAAAUGUUAAAUACUAUGAACCAAAUGAAUGCUGGCGUUAUGGGACAGAAUGCAAUGGUAAGCGGUGGAGCAGGUGCACCGAUAGGUGUUAGUGGCGGCGGCAUGAUGCCUAUGGGAGGAUAUCAUCCUCAACAGCAACAACAAUUGGCCACUGGUAUGGGUAUGAGCGGCUCGGGGAACCUUAUGAACGCUUCAAUGCAAAUUCAACAACAACAGCAGCAACAAAUGCAACAGCACGCACAAUUAGUGCAGGGCGGAGGUGGUGGCAGUACAUCAGGGACAUCCGGAAUAAUGGGUGCAGGGGGUGGUGGACAAGGAAUCAGUAAUGCUCCUUCAGGGAAUAUGAUGCAGCAUUCUCAACAACACAUAACUUCAGGAAUUUCAAUGAAUAUACAGCAACAACAGCAGCAACAAGGUCAGAUGUCUCACGGCAAUCAAGCAGGAAUGCUGCAUGGGCAACAACAGCCUGCACCACAGACUACAGCUACAGCAAGCAGCAACAUGUUGGCCAUAUCGCAACCUAAUCCACAUAAAGAAAUCAACAUUGUAUCUUUAUCUCGCUUAGGGCAAGAAACUGUACAAGACAUAACAUCGCGGUUUCAAGAGAUAUUCGCUGCACUGAAGGUAAUUCAGCCUACUGGAAAUCGGGAUAAUAGUACCGAAAAGAAAGUACAAGAAUAUUUUCGUACGAUACGAUUAUUAUUUAAGCGUGUUCGAAUUAUAUACGAAAAAUGUAAUGAUGGCUAUCCACAUGGUAUGGACUAUACCAACGUUGAAAGCCUAAUAAAUUAUAAAGAGGAACAGCCCGACCAUCGGAGCGAAGCUGCGCAGUGCGAUGAAUAUCGUAAAGCAUUACAGGAAAAUCAGGAAUUAAUCGAGACAGUUAGAUUAAAAAAUCGACAAUUAAGGGAAGUGAUUGAUCGUACUCGCAUUAUUAUUUGGGAAAUAAAUACUAUGUUGGCAAUGAGGCGAUCUUAGAAUCUUAUAUAAAUCAUUAAUAUAAAAUAACAAUAAAUGCGGUUUAAAUAUGACAUAAAAAAC